AUGAAUAACCAAGACAACAGUAAAAAUAAAGUUUAUAUUAACCCAAAUUUCAAUAGGUCUCACCCAAAUUAUGGUUCCACUAAUGGAAGUAUGCAUGUUAAUCCAAAAUUUUCCUAUUUUGUGCCAAGUGUUCCGUGCAAUAUUCAAAAUAAGAACAAAAUAUAUAUAAAUCCCAAUUUCAUAAAAUAUAAAAGUGUAGAUAGUAAUACUUACUAUCAAUCAAGUUUCAACAUAGACAAAGUUCAACCUCAUAUACAAGACUCAUACACUACAUAUCAGCAGCAAGUUGCAGACAAAACAACAAAAGUAUUUGAGGCUCCUGUGACUCAAUCUCGUUAUUCCUUAGUUAGACAAAACUUAGCCAAUAAAUCAUGUAUAGAGCCAAAAAUAGAGAAGCCUAAAAUUACUUUUAAAGUCAACAAGUACAAAACGGUUUCAUUGAAGGAUGUAAAGAAAAAUUUAGACAAAGAUAAAAGUGCCUGCUACCGGACCUCUGUAUCUAAUUUUGAAGCAAAUUUUCAGAUGCCACGAAGCAGUGGAACAAAGAAUGUGUUUAAAAUCGUCAAUUAUAGUAAUAUUAGUUCUUCAAAACUCGAAAAAUCAAUUAUACAUACAGAUAUUCAGAAGAAGAUAUAUAAUAAAUCAAAUCAUGUGGUCCCAUCAAGGGUUAAAAGAGUAAUAAAAGGAAAUCUAAAGAAAAAUAACAUACCAUGUCCAUUAUUCCGUAAAUUUGGAAAAUGUUUAAGAAAUGCACGUGGCUCCUGUGAAUUUCUUCAUGAUAAGAAACAUGUUUCCAUUUGCCGGAAAUUUAUAAAAGGUAUUUGUCAUGAUAAGGACUGCCUUUUGUCUCAUGAUUUAACAAGUAAGAAAAUGCCCACCUGUUAUUUUUAUUUACAAGGGACCUGCACUAAAACAGAGUGCCCUUAUUUGCAUGUUAAAUUAAAUGAAAAGGCAAAGAUUUGCUCAGAUUUUGUAAAGGGAUAUUGUGAGAAAGGUAGCACGUGUUUACAACGUCAUGUGCAUUUGCCUUUAGAGAGAAAUAAUAAAACCAUUUCAAACUUGAGAAAGAAGAAAUGCACAAAAAUAAAAAAUGAUCGUAACAGUAGCAGUAAAUUAGAACAAAAUAAAAAUAAUAUAGUACCAAAUGUCGACGAGAAAACGAAAUAUAUAAACCGCAGCAAAGUAAUACAAGAAAAAGGCGAGAGUUACUCUGAACAUAGAUAUUACGAAGAAAAUAAAGGCAACAAUGAUUCUAAUGAAACAUGUGAAAUUAUAAAACCCACUAGGUGCAAAUUAGGGACAUUACCCUCAUUUAUACAACUAUGAUACUUUCAAUA